AUGGAUUUCGUCAAGAACGCUAUGGGUGGUAACAAGGAGGGUGGUGCUUCCAACAACAAUGCCGGCGGCGCCCAGAGCCAGGACUACGGCGACAAGGCUUUCUCCGCCCUCAACGACAAGGCUGGCUUCAACAUCUCUAAAGACAACCAAGAGAAGGCCACUGACUUUGCCCGCAACGCCUACGAGAAGAAGACUGGCAACAAGGUCGACCCCAAGAUCUCCAACUAA